AUGGCUGUCUUCCUAGCCAGGACGCAAACACUGCAUAUGUUCGGACCAGGCGACAUGAGAUACCUGACGCCGGAGAAAAACGAAGUCGAAGCGAUCUGGUCCACGGAGGACCAGAUUAUCUGGAAGGAUGAGAACCCACCUUUCCAGAUGAGAGGAGGAGGCUACUACUAUGAGACGUGGGCGUUGAAGGAUGGGGAAUGGCUUGUCAAAUCCUUGAGGUUGGAGAGGACGUACAUGAAGGUACCCUUCGAUAAAACUCGUACCUCUCGUAAGGUGACUGCACAGAUCACGGCUUUGAACGAGGUGAAGAUUUGA